UAGCCAUAAAUCGAAGAGGAUCUUUCCUCAAACUAGACAGCUAACGAGGAAGGGGUAAGAGAUAUACAAUUAGGAGAUGUAUCCUCUCCCUCUCUCACACUUUUUGAAAGAAUACGAAGAGCGUUUGGUCGCCCUCUAACUCCCCCUCAAAGUGACUCGAUAACUCAUGAAAGUGCGUAUGAGCCAGCAGUCACGGAAUUAAUAUAUUGUAUCUGUCAUUCAAAACAACACUUGAGCAGUUUGAGCUUGAAGGUCUUUAUCUAACCUGUGAAUUUUUGUUUCAUUAGUGCUGAAGCAAACGAAUGAACUUGGAGUUUCACAUCAAGUGAAUACUAAGACGCAGUACGAAGAUACAAAGUGUCGCGAUGAGCAGAACAAUCUUGGAGGACUCCGAAAUUGCAGAGGAGAAUUGCAGCUCAAGUUCACGGAUUGACGGAGCUCAGACACAGAUCACCUGUAGAUUUCGGCAAUGCUUCGUGGAAACUGGUAACUCAUUGGGCCUUCCGCAAAUAAGACAUCGUAGGCGUGUACGCAGAGCAAAAGUAUUAUCAAAGGAAAAUAGUUUGUGGUUACUCCAAACUAUAUCCGAACUAUCACAACAAGUUGAUGAUCUGGAGAAGGAAGUAAAUCUAGCACUAAAAAAAUAUUUUGAGUUAAUUUCGAAGUCCAAUUCAACAAGAAGAGAUAAAAAUUUUGUAGAAAAUGUAGAUGAUAGCAAAGAAGACAUGCUGAUUAUUGAAACAUCGGACAUAGAUUCGGAAUGAAUUCAGUUGUUUCAUUAGCGUUAUGAUAAUUAUUUCUGAAAAUGUCAGUAAUUUUUGUUUUUUUUGUCAAUGACCUGUUUAGAUUAUAUGUUUGAUAUUUUGGUCUGUAUCCAUUUGAUACUAAGUUUUGAUUAAAAUGAUCUUACGCUAAAAGAUGAAUAUUAGCUGCAUAUUGUAAUGAAUGAAAGUCGCUUGUCCAACCAUAACCGUUGUCAACAUCGAAGAGAAUAAGUACGUUUAGAUGGUUGAACGUAGAGAUUAAUAGCCGGUCUUGCGAUUAUCGCGCUGAAAUCCUUCAGGAGUACAUUAUUCUUAUUCCUAAAAUUCAAAAUUCCGUUGCAAUAUAAUAAUACUAAUGUUGUUUG